GCCAAGAAUAGUACUUUUGUGGCUAACCGAAACAAGCUAAUUAGCCGGUCAUCAUCAUCCCCGGUGAUGGUGCCUCGGUCGUCAUCAUCACCGCCACUACAACCACCGUGCGACAUUUUCAUAAACCACCGUGGCAUUGACACAAAAAAAACUGCGGCGGGGCUCCUCCACUACCAUCUGUCUGGGUUAGGGUUUAGCCCAUUUCUCGAUAGCAAGAGCAUGAAGCCCGGGGACAGUUUGUAUGACAAAAUCAAUGCGGGAAUUCGCAGUUGUAAGAUUGGUGUGGCCGUGUUUUCGCCUAGAUAUUGUGACUCUCCUUUCUGUCUCCAUGAAUUAUCUCUUUUAAUGGAGACAAAAAAGAGAGUUAUUCCCGUCUUUUGUGAUGUUAAGCCUUCCGAGCUUAGGGUUUCGAAAAACCCUAAUGGGAAUUAUUCGAAAUCUGAGCUCGAAAGGUAUGAGAAAGCACUUGAAGAAGCUAAAUUCACCGUUGGUCUUACUUUUGACACCAUUAAUGGGGAUUGGUCGGAGUUUUUACAAACAGCUACAGAUGCUGUCAUUGAAAAUUUAAUUGAAGUAGAAGGAGAUGAAAUAUACUAAUAUAAUAUAUAUAUAAAUAUAUAUAAUAUAUAGAUACAGUUGACUUCUAUAUAAUAUAUAUUAAUUAAUAUAAAUAUAUAUUAACUGAUCAGUACUUCCCAGAAAAUUCGAUGAUAGUACUAGUCAAGUCAUGUAGAGUAGUAUUAAUAAUUAAUAAUUCUUUUGUUUAUUUAUAUAAUUGAAUAUUAAUUAAUUAAUUAAUUAAUUUGUUGUAUAUAUAUAUAUAAGUGAUUGAAGAAAUUAAUGUAACAUUACACAUGUGUUGUAUAUUAGUGUUAUAAUAAAUAGUGCUAACACAAUAUAUAUGUUGAAGAUUGUGAGAUUGAUCUAUUUCAAGA